ACAAAAAAGAAUGUGAAAGUGGAACUUUAGUAAAAAAUUAAAGGACUUAAAUAUCAAUCUGUUUCUUACCCACACACUUACAAUGCAAGAGAAUGGUGAUCAAACCUUUGUAGCGCCAAAAAUCACAUAAAGGAAACAUAGAAAUAAUCCAUGUAUUCAGAAGUGAUAUAAAUGUAAGUCCUUUUUACCCAAAUCUCCACUUUCCCUUUUACAUCUGAAAGUCACAUGUGGUACCUGUUUAGUUUCACUUUCAUAUCUGAACGAGAAAGUGGAGAUUUAGAGUAAAAAAAGGACUUCUGUUUUUCACCCACACAUAAUAGUUUCUGACGAUAUGGAUUAAACCCCUGGAGUCGUAUGGAUUACUUUUAUGCUGCCUUUUUCAUGCUUUUUGGACUUUCAGAUUUCUGGCCACCAUUCACUUGCAAUAUAUGGACCACAGAGAUAUUUUUCAAAAAAACUUGAUUUGUGUUCUGCAGAAGAAAGACAUACACUUUCAUACAAGUGCAUGAGGGGAAUAAAUUAUGGAGAAUUUUCACUUUUGGAUUAAUAAUGUGUACUGGGUUAUUUUGUGGAGCUGCUUGUUAUUACACAAUUGUUAUUUUUAUCGCCAUGUUCAUUUUUUUUUUAUCUACAUUUAAAAUGUGUAGCAUGAACACUUUGAUCAUCCUUCGACUUUUAUGAAAAUGAGGUAGACUAGCUAAAACAGGUCAGUUACUGUGUGGUGGUGUUGGCAAACAUGGGAGAGCAGUGAAUGGUUAACGGGUUUUACCAGAAUAGCUUUAACUUAAGUUGUGUAUAAAAACCUCGUGACAUGCCUACCUAGGGGCCAUUCACACCAAAAACAUGUAUGCUUCCGUCGCGCUCUUAUUCAUGUAUUUUCCCAAAAUGCGCUAGACGGACGACUCCGAUCGUUGCACCACGUCUCGCUGUUUAGUGUCCCGCGUUUUUUAUAGACGUCCUAUCAAGUUAAAAAGAACUUCAGCUGUUGAAAACAUGUCUCGAGACACAUCUCUUCUCUUUCAGCGAAGGGACUUGUUCGAUGUGAACGCCCCCCUAGACAUCAUUUUUGGACAUCAAGGUUACUUUGUCCAAACUGUCGCGUUCUGACUUGGAACUCGUCUUUAUUGCCAAAAAUGCUGCCUAGGUAGGCGGCUCACGUGGUUUUGAGCAAUUAUUUCAGGCUUGUUAAUAUUUAUAAUGCACACUACUACUGUAAACAAAUAUACGCCGCCGAUGUCUGGGAGGAGGGACCGCUUAUGGUUUAGUCAUAGUGUAAAUCGUCAAAUAAGCAGAUGUUUCCUAUAGCUGCGUUGUCUUCGACUAUUGUCACAUACGACAGUAUCGUUUAAUGGGACUGUGAAGGAUGGCAUCAAAGGAGGAUCUUUACUCUAAGAUUAUUCCGCGCAGACUUCGACAGAACAGUUGUGGCUCUGUCAAACAUGGGUCCAAUUUGGACGUGCUGCUGUUGAUGGGAUUUCCUCAGCACAGAGCAUUAAAAUCUCUGGCAGCAACUGGAGGCAGAAAUGUUCAGCUAGCAUGCGACUGGCUUUUCUCCCAUUUGGAUGAUCCUUUCCUUGACGACCCUUUACCCAGAGAGUAUGUGCUGUAUCUGCGCCCCAGUGGCCCUUUACAAAAUCAACUUUCCCAUUUCUGGCAUCAGUCACGGUUGACAUGUGGCAAGAACAAAGCUCACAAUAUCUUUCCACACAUCACACUUUGCCAAUUCUUUAUGUGUCCAGACAAUAAAGUGGUGGCCCUGUGUGAAGCUCUGCAGUCAGCUGUGAAUCAGUGGAGAGGACGAUUUCCCAGCCCUCUGCCCCUGGAGCUCUACACCUCCACCAACUUCAUAGGCCUCUUUGUGGAGGAACAGGUGGCAGAGACGCUGAAAAAGUUUGCAGCCGACUUUGCAGCUGAGGCUGCCACUAAAGCUGAUGUUCAUGUGGAACCCCAUAAAAAGCAGCUUCAUUUGACUCUAGCCUAUCACUUUCCAACCAGUCAUUUUUCUUCCUUGGACAAGUUGGCUAAAGGGAUCGAGGUCCAAUUAGGAUGUGAUUGGCUUGCUGUUCUCUUCUCACGGGACUUACGAUUUGCGAAUCAUGAGACUUUGCGAGUGAUGUACCCCUACACUCCUCAGAAUUAUGAUGAGUUGGAGCUUGUGCCAGGAGAUUUUAUCUUCUCAUCUACAGUGGAACAAAUGAGCACUAGUGAGGGCUGGGUUUAUGGUACAUCUCUGGGUACAGGCAUCUCUGGACUGCUGCCUGAGAACUAUGUCAGCCCUGCUGAUGAGUCUGACACAUGGGUCUUCCAUGGGUCACAGUCCUUCUUUUGUACCUCUCCUCCAGAAAAGGGCUGCAAAGAGAGCAAAUCAUUGGAUGGGUUGCUCAACAUUCGUUGUUUGGAUAACUCAAAGCUGGGAGAUUCUGCAGUCUUGAGUGUAAUUUACCAACCUAUACAGGUGCUUCGGUCCAACAUCAUGUCUCUGCCUCCUAAAAGGACCCUGUUUGUAUGUCGGCAUGGAGAGAGAAUGGAUGUUGUGUUUGGAAAACACUGGUUCUCACAGUGUUCAGACUCUAAAGGCAGGUAUGUGAGGAGUAACCUGAAUAUGCCUUCUGAACUACCUGCCUGGGGUGGAGCACAGAAGGACUAUGAAAUGGAUACUCCAAUCACAAUGGUUGGAUCUACACAGGCCAGGAUAGUGGGUGAGGCUCUGCUGGAAAGUAAUACCACUAUAGAUUUUGUGUACUGCUCACCCAGCCUCCGCUGUGUCCAGACAGCUCAUGAAAUCCUCAAAGGAAUGCAGCAGGAUGGAAGAAUCAGCAUCCGAGUGGAGCCUGGGCUUUUUGAGUGGACUAAAUGGGUCCCAGGAUCUUCUUUGCCUGCUUGGAUACCUCCUACAGAUCUUGCUGCGGCCAAACUUAAUGUAGACACAACAUACAGACCUCACAUCCCCAUUGGCAAACUAACAGUCUCAGAGAGGUACAACACAUACAUUAGUCGGAGUUACCAGGUGACCAAAGACAUUUUGGCUUACUGCAAAAAUAAAGGAAACAACAUUCUGUUUGUGGGACACGCUUCUUCAUUGGAGGCCUGCAUUCGCCCGGUCCGGGGCCUCUCUCCACAGAAUCCUAAAGACUUUGUGCAAGUAGUCCAAAAGGUUUGUUUAAUCUUUUCUGUCAUUCAUAUGUUCCUUGUCUCAUCUGUUUCAUCAACCUUUCCUCUGUUUCCCUUCAAACAUGAUGCAUCAUGGGGGCUGAUGUUUUCCUCCAGAUUCCAUACUUGGGUCUCUGUGCCUGUGAGGAGCAGGGUGACACAGGAGUCUGGCAGUUAGUGGACCCCCCAAUUCUUCCUCUAAUGCAUGGGCCCAACCACAGCUUCAGCUGGAAAGAGACCUUACAGCAAGAUUGACCAUAUCUGCAUGGUCUGUCCACAAAAGACUGUUACCUGCACUGGAAGUACACAACUGAAUGUCUUUUUAAAUAGAUCUAGUCUGUACCAUUCAAAUUAUGUAACUUAGAUAUUGAUCUGGGAUGUGGCAAAGGUUUUGUUUGCAGGUGGUGGACUGAGGAGACUGCACUGAUUAAUGAACAUUUGUGGUAGUGUUUACUGAGCCUUUAAGCAGGCUUUCUCAGGGCACUGGCUAUCACUUUUAGCAGGUAAAAAUUCACAGUGGCUUAAUGCAGCUUAGCAUGAAUAUGAUAUUGCUUUGCCAUGCAUACAUAUGAUGUACAUGCAAUGAGAAUUACAUAAUCUAUUUUAAACUCAGUCAGUCAUUUCUCAGAAUUCUCUCUCAAACUUAACUUGAAUGCAUGAAAGAAAGUUUAAUAUCUGGUUUAGCAUUGCUGAAAGAAUUUCAAAUGCUUUUGUAAUAUUUUACAGAUAGAUGACAAUCAGGAUAAUUAAUAAUACUGUUGUCACAUUAUUUAUAUGAAUGUCUCAAAACCAAAUGAACAUUGGCAAAAAAUGAUAAAACUAGAAUAUGUGAAAAGUAGAUGCCAGUAAUGAAUACUACAAAUUAUUUAGAAAAUAAAAUGCUUUAAAUUGCACCAUGUCUGACUUAAGGUAAACAUAGGGAACACAUAGGGAACUAGGGUCGAAUUUCAAAGCAUUUCAAAGUAGAAUAUACUGGCUGUAGCAUAUAUGGAGAAGCCCAUAUUUCAACUUAGCAUGUUUCCUAAAUCUCUGAUGACAUAUUAUGAUAAUUGUAUGCUUUAGUACAGUACAUAUAUUACAAAUAGCUCCUUUAAAGGACCAAUAUGUAACAUUGACAUCAAGCGUUUAAAAUGGGUACUGCAGUCCAAAGUCAAAAUAUUGGAGAGAGUUGUCUCCCCAGAUUCAAAGCUCACACGGGUUGCCAGGUUGAGAACUCAGCAUCCGUUUUAAAGUCUCUCUGGGCUUUAAGCGGUCUCAAUCUUCCAAAUGCAUCUCCAAUAUUUAUCCACGUUUUACUACACCUCUGGUCAUGGAGCUUUUUAGACAGAUGCCAAGGCUUUUUAGGUUGGGCAGAAUCUGUUAUCAGAUACAGUUUGUUUGCUGUCUUCAAUGACUGCAGCAUGCUGUGUUUGCUAAAAUCUGGCAACCCGGGGUGUCGAAAUACUAUUGGGAAAUGGGCAGUGGGCGUAACCAAAACACAAACAGAAAUUCCAGCCCGGAAAGGAACAAUGUAGCGUUGUUUUUGGAGAAGCCAGUAUUUAAGCUUAGCAUGUUUCCUAAAUCUCUGAUAAUAUAUUAUGAUAAUUUUAUGCAUUAGUACAAUAACUAUAUUACAUAUUGCUGCUUUAACCUUGAAAUAAAUCUGGGUGGAUUUAAUUGAGACUGUUCAUAAUCCUGUAAAAUUUAUCUGGGUAAAUUGAAAGGAGUAAAAUUCCAAGAAAACAGGCAAUGUCUUGUGCCAUUAACACAUGCUUAAAGCUACAAUAUUAACUUUUUUGUGUGUGUUGGGGGGGAGGGGGUAAAAUACAAUAAUUAUACUGUAAUUGGUGCAGAACAUUU